AUGAUCUCCAGAAUAAAAAUCUUGUCAAAGAUUACAGGGAAGCUAACUAAGUCAAAGUGCAUUUUCCAGGUUAAAAAAUUUGUCGAAGAACACAGGGAGGCUAACAAAAUCGAAGCGUUCAGCAAAAGAAUAGGAGUCAUCGAAGAUCGCAUUGCAUGGAAGGAUAGAAACUAUGAACCAGUGGUGGCCUACUUCAAAACUCAUAGUUGA